GACUUUGUUCUUAUAUUAGGACAAGAAAUAAAGGCGAAAAAUAUUGUUUUCAAUCAGAUCUUCACUCUUUAAUCUUAUUUAUAUGGAUUUAUAACAGUUUUAACAAGUGACGGUGAUUUUGUGGAUCCAACAGUAAUAAUGAUAAUAAUAGUAACAGUAAUGCUGUAAAAGUUUUGAACGUGAAUAAUAACGAUGAUUAUAAUGAUAAGAGUAACAAAGGUCUAUAUUUACUGAACAACACAACGGACUAUGAUCAUUUGAAAUAUGAAUAAAACGUUCGAUAUUUAUCAACACAGCUAGAAUAUAUGUGCAAAACAUAUAUAACUAUUUUCUAACAUAUGCAUGAAAAGAUACGAGUGUUGCACGGCAUAAGAAUAUGUCACGGUUUGAUUCCUCUCAUGUAAAUUCGGCAUCUAACAAACAGGCACAACAGAAUGUGGCAUCUAGAGGGUAUAAUACUUGGUUGCUUGUAGAUUUAUGUCUUAUGCUGCUGGUGACAGUCGUUUUAUUCAUCGUGUUAUUGACAGUAGAAACUCUUUCUGACUUCCUCAAGUUACAUCAUUAUUUGUUAUUUAUCUUUUUGAUCCUGGGUGUCAUUCUUUUAGGUUUAAUUUUAUUUGUGCACAAGAUUCGAUCACAGUAUGUUGCUGUUCGUUUGCUGCUCGCAAUCGUGGUUGUCCUGUGGUCUGUGAGCUUAGCUAUUGCGUUCACCUCCUUUGAAUGGGCAUUUCUAUGGAUGUCGCUGGUUAUCACAAUUGUUUUGACAAUUACAACGGUCGUGCUGGCUUUGAAACUGCCACCGUUGAGUGAAAAAGGAUUUAUCUUAUUUAUAGUAAUGUCGAUAGUCUUCGCCACCUUAGCAUUCAUCACAAAGUUUGUCAAUUACUUCAUCCCAGAGACAUCAAAUUUACUCAAAAGUAUAAUCUGCAAUUUUGGAACUGUUUUUGCAGUAUCAUUUAUUGUACUCAUGAUAUUCCUUCUUAUCGGUCUGCGUCAUUGGAUAAUCUGGUUUUUCGCACCACAACCGUCAGAAUUUAUUCUAGCCUUCCUCGUUUGGUUUCUAAUAAUCAUCCUAUUUACAGAAACAUAUACAAGCUUGGAAUUGUGCAUACCAAAAAAUGACACAAAAAGAGGAACAUCCGGUCAUAAAGAUACCCAUUUUCUCGCCUUACAGACUAUUUAAACACAAAAUAAUUAGCUUAUUCAUUAAAACACUUAAACCAUAUAUUCUUCUUGUAGACCAUAGUGCGCAAUAUGAUUUACUUCACUUAACAAAUUUCUGAGUUUAGUAAAUGGACAGUUUCCCGAACAUUUUAAAUAUGCAAAUAAAACAAUGUCUCUUUGUGUUUCUUUUCCAAAUACCAAUUUGAAAUCAUUGCAUUCUGACUGUGUUGUGUGACUGAGCACUAUCUUACAAAAAUGUAAUUUGAAUGUAAAAAAUAAUUUCAAUUUACUUAAU